GGCCCGAGAAGACGGGAAAAAGCGUAAAGUUCGUGAGCAUUGAUUGGCUGAAGUAAGAAGCGUUCUGGGCGCUGAUUGGCUCCAUGGUUCGCGGGAAGGAGUUUGUCGCACCAGCGGGAAGUGAAUUUAACACUGCGGCCGCAGCAGGGUUCUGAGGAGCUGGACAAACCCGCCAGAUAGGCGUCUUCUGGACUUCUUUCCUGAGAGAGUCGGGACCAGGAUGUGGUUUAAUGCAUCUGAAAGCUACAGCAGCUCCUCCUUCGGCGGAGCGGGCGGCUACACGCAGUCCCCCGGGGGCUUCGGAUCGCCGACACCUUCGCAGGCUGAAAGGAAAUCAAGAGCCCGAGCCCAGCACAUUGUACCCUGUACCAUAUCUCAGCUGCUUUCUGCCACUCUGGUUGAUGAAAUGUUCAAAAUUGGGAAUGUUGAGAUUUCACAGGUCACUAUUGUGGGUAUAAUCAGACAUGCAGAGAAGGCCCCAACCAACAUUGUGUACAAAAUAGAUGACAUGACAGCUGCGCCCAUGGAUGUUCGCCAGUGGGUUGACACAGACGAUGCCAGCAGUGAAAACACAGUGGUUCCUCCAGAGACAUAUGUGAAAGUGGCUGGCCAUCUGAGAUCUUUUCAGAACAAAAAAAGCCUUGUAGCCUUUAAGAUCAUGCCUCUGGAGGAUAUGAAUGAGUUCACCACCCAUAUUCUGGAAGUUGUCAAUGCACACAUGAUCCUAAGCAAAUAUAACAGUCAGCCCCCAGCAGGAAGAGCACCUAUGAGCAAUCCAGGAAUGGGUGAAACAGGGAUCUUUGGUGGGAAUAGCUCCAUGCCAGCAAAUGGCCUCACUGUGGCCCAAAACCAGGUGCUGAAUUUGAUUAAGGCUUGUCCAAGACCUGAAGGACUGAACUUUCAGGAUCUCAAGAACCAGCUCCAACACAUGACUGUAGCCUCAAUAAAGCAAGCUGUGGAUUUUCUCAGCAACGAGGGACACAUCUAUUCCACUGUGGACGAUGAUCAUUUUAAAUCCACAGAUGCAGACUAACGGAUCUAAUUGAGUUCCCGAGGCAUUUUCCAGCUGGACCUGUUCUCAUAGUAUGUUUUCUCCCACUGUGCAUCUGUUUGGCCAGUUGGCUUCUAGGGAGUAGGUUUCAUCUAGAAAGGGUCUCACUUAGCAUCCUUUUGAAACUUGCUACUCUUCUGGCUUUUUGUUUGUGGUUAUUUUUGUUUCUUGAAGCUCAAUUUUGGACAGUUGAUAAGAAUGUAAACCUGGGUGGACUUUCUUAAAGAAGUUACAGAUCGGGGCGCCUGGGUGGCUCAGUCUGUUAAGCGUCUGCCUUCAGCUCAGGUCAUGAUCCCAGGGUCCUGG